AUGGCGCUGAGCGAGGAGGCGCUGAGGCAGCAGCUGGGCAAGUAUAAGUUCAGAGACCUGACCAUAGAAGAACUAAAAAAUGUUAACAAGACCUACCCGAACUUUGUAUUCUCCAUGAACACAUACACCUUCAAAGAUGGGUCCCAGAAAGACCUCCUGAAUUUUAGUGGCACCAUUCCCGUGAAGUAUGGUAACUCAUAUAACAUACCUAUUUGUUUGUGGAUUAUGGAUUCACAUCCCUUUGCUCCCCCCAUUUGCUUCUUGAAGCCAACUGCGAAUAUGGGGAUUUCAGUGGGAAAACACGUUGAUGCUCGUGGCAGGAUUUAUUUGCCCUACCUGCAACGCUGGAGCCAUCCUCAAUCAACUGUUAUUGGAUUAAUCAAGGAAAUGAUUGCAAAAUUCGAGGAAGAGCUCCCUUUAUAUUCGCUGUCCUCAUCUGAUGCAGCCAGGCAAUCCGAACUCCUUUCUUACAUUGCGAAGAUUACAGAAGGAGAGACUGACACGAAAGCAAAGGGCAAAAUUGGUGGAGACAAAGAUAGAUGUUUUAACAAAAUCACUGUGAUUGGAGCUGGAGAUCUUGGCAUGGCCUGUGUACUAGCAAUCACAGCAAAGGGUGCUGCAGACAGGGUGGUUCUUUUGGAUCUUUCUGAAGGUGCAACAAAAGGAGGAACCAUGGACUUGGAGAUAUUUUCUCUGCCAAAUGUAGAGAUUAGCAAAGAUUUUUCUACUUCAGCUAAUUCAAAAGUUGUCGUACUUACAGUUAACUCUCUGGGUAAUGCUCAGACUUACCUUGAUGUCAUACAAAGCAAUGUGGAGCUGUUCAGAGGAAUUAUCCCAGCAAUUUCACACUACAGUCAGAACAGUGUUCUCCUUGUUGCUUCUCAUCCUGUUGAAAUAAUGACGUAUGUGUCAUGGAAGCUGAGCGCAUUUCCCAAAAGCAGAGUUGUUGGAAUAGGGGGCAAUCUGGAUACUAAGAGAUUUCAGUAUAUUCUUGCAAACCUUUUGAAAACUGAGGUGCUUGGAAAAGAUGCUUGGAUUGUGGGUGAACAAGGGGAAGAAAAAGUGCCUUCAUGGACCAAUUGUAAUUUGGUUGCCCACCAAAUUGAAACAGCAGCUGCAUGUAACUCAAGGGAAAAGGUGGCUAACAGAGCUUUGGAAGUUCUAAAGGGAAAAGGGCAGAGAUCUUGGUCUGUUGGCCUCUCGGUUGCUGAUUUGACUGACAGUAUACUGAAAGAUAAAAGAAAGGUUCAUUCUGUAUCCACCCUAGCAAAGGGAUGCUAUAAUAUAAACAGUGAAGUAUUUUUAAGUCUGCCUUGUAUUCUGGGAACUGAUGGAGUAAUUGAAAUGAUGAAACUAGAGGAAGAUCCCGUAAUGCUAGAGAAACUGCAGAGCAGCGCAGCAUCAAUUCAUGACCUUCAGCAACAACUGAAACUGUAAGCACACGGGAGGUUAUGGUGCCUCUCAGAAGUUUGGAGGUUCGCU